AUGGCUGAUCAAGAAGAAGUGGUUAAUUUUGAUAAAAAUGAGUCAAAAGAUGAAACUGCUGUUCCUGAUGAGACUGUUAUUCCCGAUGAAAAUGUACAAGCAGUCGCAGCGAUUUCAGUUCCAAUGGAGACACAAGAUUUAUGUCAUGUAGCUAGAGAAGGUGAUAUGACUAAAAUGCGAUUAUUUGUUGAAUUUAGCAAACAAAAUGAAAAGUGUAAAAAACGUGCAGCAGAAAAAAUCGAUAAACUAGAUGAAACAUCGCUUUCUCCAUUGCACUAUGCUGCACGUCAUCAACAACUUGGUAUUUGUAUUAUAUUAUUAACAAAUAUUGAGCUUUCUUUAGGUGCAAAUAUUACGGACGAUAAUGGUCGAACACCUAUUCAUGCUUCGGUUCGAUCAAACAUUAUUUUAAAUGAUCAACUUUCAAUAGAAAAACAAAAUGAUGUAUUUUUACCAGAGACUGAUAUUGGCGAUACGAUAAACGAUCGCGAUACUUGGCUAAACGAGUAUGAAAAAAUUAAAACAGCGGUACAUCCACUUAUCUGCUUUCUGAUAAAAGCCAAUGGUGAUGUGAAUAAAAAAGAUAAAUAUCAAUUAACACCUCUUCAUCAUGCCGUGUCAAGAAACAAUUUAUUGGCUGUUAAACAGUUAAUUGAAAUGAACGCCGAUUUUGAAUGUGAAGAUAGACAAGGCAUUAGACCAUUACAUCUUGCAUGUAAAGAAGGUUAUUAUGAAAUAACUGAUUAUCUUUUAUCCAAAGGUGCAUUAACAACAGUAAUCGAUGAUGAACGCUAUUGUCCCAUACAUUUUGCUUGUCAAAAAGGUAAUUUGAACAUUGUUCAAUUAAUAAAAUCAACUAUAACACAAACAGAUUUUCAUCAAUUACUUGUCAUGAAAACGUUGACAAAUGCUACUUGUUUACAUCUUGCCGUUGAAAGUGGAAAUAUUUUGCUUGUAACACUCAUUUUAAAUGAAUUUAACAAUAAUGAGGAUGAAUUGAAACAAUACAUUAAUCAAUUAUCUGAUCCGUUUGGUACACCGUUUCAUAUCACUGCAAAAUAUGAUGAACCCGAAAUGAUCCGUUUAUUAUAUGAUAAUCAUGCUGAUCCCUAUCUAUUAAAUGAUAGUUCUCAUUCUUCUGCCUUACAUAUUGCAUGUCAAUUUAAUCGUUGUCGUAUUGUUCAAGAAUUAAAAUCAUUGACAGAUUUAAAAUUAUUUGAAAUAAAAGAUCGAAAUGGUCAAACACCAUUAUCAACAGCUUGUUUAAGUGGUCAUCUUGAAGUCAUCGAUGUAUUACUUUCAAAUCAAGCAUCUAUUAAUAGUACGGAUAACAAUCGUAUGAAUCCAUUAAUGCUUGCUGCAUCAACAAGUCGAACAGAUGUACUCAUUAAUUUAUUUAACUAUUUAAAUCUAUCCUAUAGUCUCACAGAAAAAAAGACACUAUUAAAUCAAACAAAUAAAGAAGGAAAAAGUUUAUUUUUGAUUGCUGUACGUACGGGAAACAUUGAAUUAUGCGAAUUUUUAUUAACUCAACCAUUUGUUCAAUGGAAUACUAGUGACAAAAGACAUUGGAAUGCAUUACAUAUUGCCGCACGUUAUAAUUAUCAUCAAAUUAUUAAUCUACUAGGCAAUAAUGUUUUAGUACAUUCUCAAAAGAAUUAUAGACAUUUGAAUACCGGUCUACAAAGUACAAAUUCCGAUUCGGAUGAUGAAAGAGACGAUAUUACAACGGGAAAAUUUGUUGAUGCUCCUAAUGAUGAUAAUCAGUCGUCACCAUUACAUAUAGCAGCAUUUUAUGGUAAUGCUCUAUGUAUUCAAGAAUUAUUACAUUUAAAUGCUAAUCCGUUGCAAUGUAAUGCUACGGGUCAAAUUCCAUUACAUAAUGCAUGUUCAAAUGGUUAUGUUGUUUGUGUUGAAUUAUUACUUGAUAGUCUUAAAAAUGCAUCCGAUUUUAAAUAUAUUACAAUGCAUCGUAAUUCACCAUUAAUUACGGCAUGUCAACAUGGUUAUAGUGAUAUUGUUCAAUUAUUAUUAACAAGAGAAAUUGGAAUUGAUUAUGAAGAUGAAAAAAUUGAAAAUCCAUUAGAAAUAGCAAUUAGACAUAGGCAAAAUGAAACAGUUGAUGUUCUUUUAGAACAUCCUUAUGCUGAACAAUGGUUACAAGCAAGAAGAUUUAAUAGUAAAAUUUAUCCUAUUGUUACACCUAUUAGAACAAUAAUUCGUACAAUGCCCUAUUGUAUGACACAUACACUCGAUAAAUUAGUACUUAAAUCAGAAGUAACCGAUGCAGAUGGAAAUAGAACCCAAAAAACAAAAUAUAAUUAUCGAUGUAUAGAUGAUUAUUUCGGAUAUGAAAAUGAAAAGAAUAAUUUAAAAAAUUAUUUUCAUCGCACACUUUAUACAAAAAGUCGUUCAAGUCUUUAUCGUAAUCAUCCAUUUAUAAUUGCAAUUGAUAAUGAACAAUAUAGUCUAUUAGAACAUCCAUUAGCUCAAGAAUUAAUGAAACGAAAAUGGGAAUUAUAUCGAAAAAUAUUUUAUUUAACAAGACUCUUAUCUUUCUUAUUUCUUUUCUUUUUAACCAUAUUUGUUCUAACUAUACCAGCACCCAACGCACUAAAAAUGGUAAAAUUACGAGAAAAUUUAACUUUUUAUGCAAAAAAUACAACAAAUUCAUUUAAUCCCCCAAAAUUUGUUUUUUAUGCCAAUACAUUACGUUGGAUUGUGUUAAUAUUAGCUGCUUGUAAUAUAUUUAAAAUAUUAGUGGAAAUUAUUCUUUAUGGUGGUUUAAGGGUCAUAUUUGCUCAAGUAUUUGGUUUUAUAUUAUAUUCUGUUGCUAUUGUUGCUUUUCCACCAUUUUCCAUUACACAGUAUACAUUUGAUAUGACCGAUUGGCAAUGGCAAUGUAGUGCAGUAUCCGUUCUAUUAGGUUGGUUAAAUGUAACGCUAAUUCUUCGCUCUGUACCAUUUAUCGGAGAUUUUAUUGUUAUGUUUGAAUCAAUAUUACUAAAUUUUUCAUCAUUUUUUCUUGUUAUAUUACCAUUUUUAAUUGCAUUUACCGUUUCAACCAAAAUGAUUUUCUAUAAUGAACCAUCAUUUUUCACAUUUUUAUCAUCGUUAAAAAAAUGUUCAGUAAUGGUUUUAGGUGAAUAUGAUUAUGAAAAAUUAUUUUUUUCCAAACAAAUAUUUCCAUUAGCACCAUUCAUCUUUUUCCCAUUUAUUAUUAUUAUGACAAUAUUAAUGAUGAAUCUUUUACUUGGUUUGGCAAUAGGUGAUAUUGCCAUUAAUAUGCAAAAUGCUCGACAGAAAGCAAAUGCCUAUCGUAUUCGUGAAUUAAUUUAUAUAGAAACAACAUUACCUAUUAAAUGGUUAAAAAAUAAUAUAACUGAAGAUCAAAUAAUUGAAGUUAAAUUAACAAGUAUAACAGCCAACAAACAAGAUGAAAUACGAGAUGAAGAUGAUAAUGAUGAUAAUAAAUCGACAAAACGUAUUCCAGAAUUACAAAUGAUUUAUGAUAUUGUUGUUAUGUUAUGUAAUCAAGCAAAAAGUCUAUUAACAACUGAAAUUAAUUUUGAACAAAGUUUAAAAAAAUUACUUACAGCAAAACAGUUAAAUACACAAUUACAAUCAAUGAUAUCCGUAGACGAUACAAUUAUUUAA